AAUCAGCCUCUGAUUAUUUCCUUUUGUUCUUUCUUGCUUGCAUGAGUAUUUACACAAGGCUGUACUGUACAUGUUGGUUGCUCUACAGAUAUUCUUCAAGAGCCAGCACUUGGUUGAUCUACAGAUAUUGUUACUGCUACUGCUACUACUGCUGCACAUGGUGAUGGGCCAGGGAGGCAUCAAAGCUAGAGACCGUGCCGUCCACGAUCCCAAUCACGCAUCGAUCGACCUGGGACUGAGCUACUGAGCUAAGCUUACCAUGGUGAUCUUGAUUCUUGUAACGUAGAGACUACACCAUCUUCUGCUACAUAUAGCCCGGAAUGCACCAAUGCAUGAGUGGAUCAGCUCACCUGAAAGCCUGAAACUGAACUGACCUGAUCACCUGACCAUCAAUGGCGUCCAAGAACAGCUGCGCCUGCCACGGCGUCGUCGUCACCCUGGCCUCGUGCCUCCUCCUCGUCGCCGCCGCCGUCUCCGUCUCUGUCCUCGCCGCGCACGUCGCCGUCGGCCGCGUCUGGUCUCCUGCCGGCGCCGCCGCCGCCGCCGGCCAUCACCAUUCACUCUCACCGGCUUGGGUGCCAUCACCGUCAUCACGCCAUGCUCAUCAUGCCAGGGAACUCGUGAACCGCCGAGUUCAGGUCGGGAGGAUGGAGGCCGGGCUGGUCCAGGCGCGGGUGUCCAUCCGGCGAGCCAGCCGCACGCGCAGCUGCACGCCGGACGACGGCGGCGGGUUCAUCCCCAGGGGCGCCGUGUACCGCGACGCCUACGCCUUCCACCAGAGUUACAUUGAGAUGGAGAAGAGGUUCAAGGUGUGGACGUACAGAGAGGGCGAGCCGCCGGUCGUGCAAAAGGGCGGCGCCGCCUUCGCCGGCAACGACGGCAUAGAGGGCCACCUCAUCGCCGAGCUGGACAGCAGCGGCGGCGGCGGCCGGCACCGGGCACGCCACCCCGGCGAGGCGCACGCCUUCUUCCUCCCCAUCAGCGUCGCCAGCAUCGCCGGCUACGUCUACCGCCGCGACAUGAUCGACUUCUGGGACCCCCAGCUCCGGCUCGUCGCCGGCUACGUCGACGGCCUCGCCGCCAUGUACCCCUUCUGGAAUCGCAGCCGCGGCGCCGAUCACUUCCUCGUCUCCUGCCACCAAUGGGCCCCGAUCCUGUCCGCUGCCAAGGCGGAGCUACGCGGCAACGCCAUCCGCGUCAUGUGCGACGCCGACAUGUCGGACGGCUUCGACCCCGCCACGGACGUCGCGCUGCCGCCGGUGGUCGCCAGCGCCCGCGCGACGCCGCCGCAGGGCCGCGUGGCUUCGGAACGCACGGUGCUCGCGUUCUUCGCCGCCGGCGGUGGCGGCGGCGGCGCCGUGAGGGAGGCGCUGCUGGCGCGGUGGGAGGGGCGGGAUGACCGGGUGGUGGUGUACGGUCGCCUCCCGGCGGGUGUGGACCACGGCGAGCUCAUGCGCAGGGCGCGGUUCUGCCUGUGCCCGUGCGGCGGCGGCGAGGGCGCGGCCGCGGCGAGCCGCCGCGUCGUGGAGGCGAUCACCGCCGGGUGCGUGCCGGUGCUCGUCGACGACGGCGGCUACUCGCCGCCGUUCAGCGACGUGCUGGACUGGGCACGGUUCUCCGUCGCCGUCCCCGCGGAACGCGUCGGCGAGAUCAAGGACAUCCUCGGCGGCGUCUCGGACCGCCGCUACGGCGUGCUCCGCCGCCGCGUGCUGCGCGUCCGGCGCCACUUCCGGCUGAACCGGCCGCCGGCCAAGCGGUUCGACGUGGUCAACAUGGUCAUCCACUCCAUCUGGCUCCGCCGCCUCAACCUCAGCCUCCCCUACUGAAUUACAGAAUGAACAACAAAAAAGAAAGUUAAUUAGGUCCCUGCAGUUUGGAACGCGAGAAAAUUUCACGUUCCUACAAAAUUUGAACUGUUCUAUGUUCGAAACGAGACCGGCCAGUGUGAUGGAUCUGACCAAGCUAGCUAAGCUAACCAAAGUGUGCAGUAGAACACUGUACACUGCAUUUCUGCAUUUAUAGACAAUAGGUUGUGUUCGAAUGAGUUAUUCCUAAUUUCUCGCCCCUCGUUUUCUACACGCAGGCUUGCUAAAAUGUUGCACUUUUUUUUCUAUACAAAGUGAUUUAUAAAUCAUAUUGAUUUAUUUUUU